AUGUGCAAUGUCUUUACUCUUCUAACCAGCACAGCAUCAUUUGGAUGCAUAGAAGCUUACAACAUUGCCUUGUUGGCUGUCACAAUCAUGUCGCACAGGAAGAGACGUUUAGAUCAACUGAAGCAUUCCAUCAAUGUUCACCCCUUUGAAGCAGUUGCCUUUGGCUCAUGGCAAACUGUGGAUUUCAUAAAGAUUGAGGCAGGAACUAUGUCCAUGCAUUUUGUAGAUAGUAACCAUGUGGUGACUAUGGAAAAAGGACCCUUCUCAGACAUUAGGGUAAGGUCAAGGAAAGCUACUUUAACUGAUUGCUCCCGUUUUCUGCGUCCUGGAGUUGACGUAUGUGUGCUAUCUGCCCCUCAACAAUCUAAUGAUUCAGAUGCAAUUGUUAUUGAUCCAGUUUGGAGUGAUGCUAAAAUAAGCUCUGUACAAAGAAAACCUCAUGACUCUGAGUGCUCGUGUCAAUUUUUUGUCAAUUUCUAUGUUCAUCAAGGUUCACUUGGUGCUGAGCUAAGAACUAUUAGCAAGGAGAUUAAAGUAGUUGGAAUCAAACAAAUAUCCAUCCUCCAGAAACUUGAAAAUAUUCCUUGUGAAGAUCAGCACUAUCGGUGGGCAACAUCUGAGGACUGUUCCAUUAUAUCACACACUAAAUUGCUUCUUGGAAGAGUGUUAUGUGAUCUUUCAUGGUUAGUCGUUGCAUCAGUUUUAAAGAAGUUUUCAUUCUGCGUAAGAUCUUUAGAAGAAAAGCUAGUUUAUCAAAUUUUGGGAAGGGAUACCGUGAGCACUUCAUUGAACAAAGAGUCUCACAUUGAUGUUGUGAAUUUCAGAACAGAAAAUGGCAUGUUAGUACCGAUUGUUUCUCAAGUAGCUACACCUAUUGAUCAUGUACAGGAGUCUCAUGAAGAAAAAUUAUUACUAUGCUAUAAUGUUGACGGCUUAAGGCGUUCCAAGCGCCGGAAUGUACAACCAGAGCGUUACCUUGGUUGUGAUAAUGUUUCUGAGAUUGAUGUUGGUUCUUUCAGAAACAGACCACCAGUGAAAAUAGACACAUGGAAAGAUGAUGACGACGAGGACGAAGAACUACAUAUGCCAUUAGCAUACUUGUUUGGUUUGGACAAGAACUCUCUAAAAGGGGCUACUGAGAAUCGUCAAAAGAUUAAGAAGGUGAGUUCGUGCCGUGAGCUUGUGGUGUUCAAAACGAGGAAGGCUAAAAACCAGAAGGUAAAGUUAGGAGAAGAUGAUCAGAAUGAACGUCAAAAUCAACUUGCUAUUAUUCCUCUUCCUGAUCAAGAUGAUCCACUACUCGUUGAACAUUGUGAUGAUCUGGAUGACAAGCUUACUAGAAGUUAUGGUCAUGAUUCCCCUGAACGUUCUUCCAAAUAUUAUCAUCUAAGUAAUAUGACUGAAUCAAAGAGGAAAGAUAAUAAAUUGUUAAAUUUUGAGCCUCAUAACCAUCCUGCAAAUUCAGAUGAUGUAGAAAAGAGUGAUGAUUUGUCAUCAAGAUAUCAUUAUAGUUAUGGUGCCCCUAAGUCACAGAGGAAGAGUUUAUGUGGUUUGGAUGAUAUGGUGGAUCUUGGAAAUAAAUGGGAAGGGAUUAGAUCCAAUAAAGGAGUUAAAAGGAAAAAAUAUCAUGCAGCAUAUUCAAGAAGUAGAGAUCAUGAAGAAGAAAAAAGAUACAAUUAUAAAGACAGAACACUAAAUGCAGCUGCCUACAAGGAUUUGAUAAACUCGUACUUGAAGAAUAUUAACACAAGACCGACACAAGAAGAACCAUCUAUCACUGACCAGUGGAAACAAAGCAACACAACUAGUAGCAUUGGGCAAAAUAUGGAAACAGAAAUACUUGGUGAAGAAGAGGAUGCGGAAGAAGUAUCUGAAAUGGAUAUGUUGUGGAGAGAACUAGAAGUAUCAUUGGCAUCGUGUUAUCUAGAAGAGGAUUCAAAUGCUCCUGUUAUCACUGAGGCUGUGGAAAAGCCAAAUGAAGGCUGUCCACAUGAUUUCAGAAUGAAUGAAGAAAUUGGAAUCUACUGCUAUAGAUGUGGCUUCGUGAGCACUGAGAUCAAAUAUAUUACACCACCCUUUAUUCAACAUUCGGUAUGGCACCAAGAGGAGAAGCACAAUGCUGAAGAAGAUUCACGAACAAAGGCUGAUGAGGAUGAUGACUUGGAUCUUUUCCCCACCCGAGAUUCUCCCGAGGGACCUGUGUCUCAAGCAAGUGAUAACGUUUGGGCAUUGAUUCCCGAACUUCGAACAAAGUUGCAUGCCCAUCAAAAGAAAGCCUUUGAGUUUCUUUGGCAAAACAUUGCAGGUUCCAUGGAACCCGGGCUUAUGGAAGCAGCAUCCAAAAGAAGAGGUGGCUGUGUGGUAUCUCAUACUCCUGGUGCGGGAAAAACUUUUCUCAUUAUUGCUUUUCUUGUUAGCUACUUGAAGUUAUUCCCAGGAAAGAGGCCUCUAGUCCUUGCUCCAAAAACAACACUCUAUACUUGGUACAAGGAAUUUAUCAAGUGGGAUAUUCCUAUACCAGUGUAUCUCAUUCACGGUCGCAGAACCUACCGGGUAUUCAAGCAGAAAUCACCGGUUGUUCUUCCUGGAGUUCCCAAGCCCACUGAUGAUGUCAAGCAUGUUUUGGAUUGCCUUGAGAAGAUACAAAAAUGGCAUUCACACCCCAGUGUUCUAAUCAUGGGUUAUACUUCAUUUUUAACAUUGAUGCGUGAGGAUUCAAAGUUUGCACACAGAAAAUACAUGGCUAAAGUAUUGAGGGAAAGCCCUGGAAUCAUGAUACUGGAUGAAGGGCACAAUCCCCGAAGCACUAAAUCAAGGUUGAGAAAGGUUUUGAUGAAAGUACAGACAAAAUUGAGAAUACUGCUUUCUGGUACAUUGUUUCAAAACAAUUUCUGUGAAUACUUCAACACUCUGUGUUUGGCAAGACCAAAGUUUAUUCAUGAAGUACUGAAAGCAUUAGACCCGAAAUACAGGAGGAAAGGAAAAGUGGCAAAAAAAGCAAGUCAUUUAUUAGAGUCACGGGCUAGAAAAUUCUUCUUAGACAAAAUUGCUAAGAAGAUUGAUUCAGGCAAAGGUAGGGAGAGACAGCAGGGUCUAAAGAUGUUGAGAAAUGUGACAAAUGGUUUCAUAGAUGUUUAUGAAGGUGGGAGUUCUGAUGGUCUACCUGGUUUACAAAUUUAUACGUUGCUAAUGAAUUCAACUGAUACACAACAUGAGAUUUUGCUUAAACUGCACAAGAAAAUGGCCGAGUGCAAUGGUUACCCUCUGGAGCUGGAGCUUUUGAUAACUCUUGGGUCAAUACAUCCUUGGUUGGUCAAAACAGCAGUAUGUGCUGAGAAGUUUUUUACUACUGAGCAAUUGAUGGAUCUAGAAAAAUGCAAAUUUGAUCUAAAAAUAGGAUCCAAAGUAAGAUUUGUUUUGAGUCUUGUGUACCGUGUUGUAAAGAAGGAGAAAGUUCUUAUAUUUUGUCACAAUAUUGCACCUGUCAAGUUAUUCCUGGAAUAUUUUGAGAAGUACUUUGGAUGGCAAAGAGGUAAGGAAGUGUUGGUACUAACUGGCGAACUAGAGCUCUUUGAAAGAGGAAGGGUAAUGGAUAAGUUUGACGAGCCUGGCGGAGUAGCAAAGAUACUCCUAGCUUCUAUUACAGCUUGUGCUGAAGGCAUUAGUUUGACAGCAGCUUCUCGGGUGAUUAUGUUGGAUUCAGAGUGGAACCCUUCAAAAACUAAGCAAGCCAUUGCUCGUGCCUUUCGUCCUGGUCAGCAGAAGGUUGUUUAUGUGUAUCAGCUCUUGGUGACAGGUUCAUUGGAGGAAGAUAAGUACCGAAGAACCACUUGGAAAGAGUGGGUGUCAAGCAUGAUAUUCAGUGAGGCCUUUGUGGAGGACCCUUCUCAGUGGCAAGCUGAGAAGAUUGAAGAUGAUAUACUCAGGGAAAUGGUUGCGGAGGACAGGUCUAAAUCGUUCCAUAUGAUCAUGAAGAAUGAAAAAGCUUCUUCUACCAACAAAUAA